AAUCGCGUUCGUCCACCCUCACUCUGAAGAGCAGUUUUGCGGGAACUUUGGAGAGGAAGAGCUGUUACAACCUGCCGACUACAGUGAAAAGACAUUCAGUGAAAUGCCACCCAAGGCCAAGGCAAGUGGGGUGAAAAAAGCGAGAGCUCCACCCAAGAGGAAGCUGGCUGAAGAAUUCCCACCUGGAGAAGUCCUGACAGAUAACGCAAAGAAAAGAUGGAAACUUGGGCCACCUGUUGGGCAGGGAGGUUUUGGCCUACUGUACCUCGCAAAUGAGGACUCUUCAGGAUCUGUUGGAGCUAACGCACGUUACGUCAUUAAAGUGGAGCCAAGUGAGAAUGGCCCUCUCUUCUCUGAACUGAAGUUCUACAUGCGAGCUGCCAAACCUGAUCUAAUUGGGGCUUGGAUGAAGUCGAGGAAAAUGGAGUAUUUGGGCGUUCCGAAAUAUUGGGGAUCUGGUUUUCAUGAGAAAGGUGGUAAGAGGUACAGAUUCAUGGUCAUGGACCGAUUUGGAACAGAUUUACAGAAGAUGUUUGAGGAAAAUGAAAAGAGAUUUCCACGGAAGCUGGUUCUUCAGCUGGGCCUCCGACUUCUUGACAUUCUAGAGUACAUCCAUGAACACGAAUAUGUGCAUGCAGACAUAAAAGCCUCCAACCUCCUUCUGUCCUACAGCAACCCCAAUCAGGUAUAUUUAGUAGAUUACGGACUGGCUUAUAGAUACUCUCCUGAAGGUGUUCCAAAAGAGUACAAGGAAGACCCAAAAAGGUGUCAUGACGGCACAAUAGAGUUCACAAGCAUUGAUGCACACAAAGGAGUUGCUCCCUCAAGAAGAGCAGACCUUGAAAUCAUGGGCUACUGCAUGAUCCAGUGGCUUUGUGGCCAUCUGCCCUGGGAAGAUAAACUCCAGGACCCCCUGUAUGUCAGAGACUCCAAACUGAGGUGUAGAGACAACAUUGAUGAAUUCAUGAAAAGCUGUUUCACCGAAGAAAAUAAACCAGAGGAAAUGGGGAAGUUCUUGCAAGAAGUCAAGACUCUUGGAUACACGGACAAGCCAGAUUACGCAAAAUUGCGAGGCAUUUUGCAGCAAGGGCUGAAGAGCAUAGGGGCGACUGACGACAAAAAGCUGGACUUCGCAGUGUCAACAAAUGGCACUGGCCUGCUCUCCGCCAAGACUCCAAAGCGAAAGAAAGCAGCAGAGAAAGGGCAGUCAAAUGACGAAACUGAUGGCAGCCCUGCAAAGAAGAGGCGAGCUCCUCCAAAGAAGGAAGUCAAUGGGGCGAAGAAAACAGGAAGUACCGCAAAGCGUCCAGCAAAGGAAACUCAGGACUCUUCUGAGCCUGUGGUGAAGAAAAGCAGAGGAAGGCCUAAGAAGAACUCUUAGUCCUCGUCGUCAUACUCUUGCUCAAGUUGUUUCCUUUUUGUAUCUUUUAAAUUGUAUGGUAUGUAUUUGUUUUCAGUGGUUGUAUUUUUCUUAAACUUUAGCAGGAUGUUGGGAACAUACUCUAACAGUGAAAUAAUAAUAAAUAAGGGAAUAAAAUGACA